AUGUAUUACGGCCCUCAGUUGCCCGGAUGGGCCAAGUACGAUUUCUAUCUCGGCGGAAAACACAACUAUCCUUCAGACAGGGCUGCUGUUGCAGCGGUCGUGGAAGCCUACCCAAAGACCAUCGACGUUAUUGUGGAAGCUCGUCAUUUCUUGCGCCGUACGGUGCGAUACAUGUGCUUUCAAGGCAUUGACCAGUUCAUCGAUAUGGGCUCAGGACUACCCAGUGCAGAUAACACGCAUCAAGUGGCCCAGAGGGUAAACCCAAACGCUCGCGUCGUCUAUGUGGAUGUCGAUGAUGUCGCUGUUGCUUUUGGUCAGCAGAUGCUUGGUGGAGAUCCUACGACUGCAUUUAUACAAGGAUCAGUUCUCGAGCUAGAGCCGAUCUUAAACCACCCAGAGACGCGAAAGCUGAUUGACUUUUCGAAGCCUGUGGGUGUACUCAUGAUGGGACUGCUGCAUUUCUUCUCUAUAGAUACCGACCGCGCCAUUCUCAAAAACCUGCGAGACAAUCUUGCUUCGGGCAGCCUUCUUAGCUUUUCUCAUACAAUCUCGAACUUUGUAACGGAAGAAGAAAUUCGACAGGUGCUUGCUGUGUAUGCAAAGACGCCUACGCCUCUGAUCAUACGAGAUAUUGACGUAGUUAAACAAAUCACGGAAGGAUAUUCUGUUGUCGAACCUGGGCUUGUCUCAAUGCAUAAGUGGAAGAUGGAUAUAGCUGAAGAAGGAGAGCCUGAAGCUCCGCAGACUUCUGCCAUGGUUGGAGUUGUGUUACGCACAUAG